AUGAAGAGAGAGGGUAAGCAACAUGGCAUGGUGAGGACAUACCUGAUCCUACCGAAACCGGGCACCCGAUUCGUCACCCAGUUCGAUUCGCCUCCUACAGCUGGACGCUACACAAAGGUUCCCUCCAAACCCACCAAUCAUUCCAAAUUCACCGGUAAAUGCAGCAACUCGCGGUGUACAGGUUGUCGUGUGCAUCCGCUCCCAAAGCCAAGGAGCAAACCCAAAGAGAGUUUCAAGCAUUUUCAGGCCAUGGACCAACCUGGUUUGAAAUUUACCGGGUUGUCCGCGACCGGGACAUUGAACCAUAUUUCUAAUUGGUAUGUGGAUGAUGAUGACUAUGAUGAUGAUGAUGAUGUGGAAGAUGAAAGUGUUGUUGACCAUAUGAAUGAUGCGGAAGAUGAAAGUGUUGUUGACCAUGUGAAUGAUGUGGAAGAUGAGACUGUUGUUGACCAUGUGGAUGAUGUGAAAGAUGAAAGUGUUGUUGAACAAGAUGAUGAUGAUGAGGUGGAAGAUGCCAAAAAUUCAUGCACUCUAGAUGAAAAAGAAGUGGAGUAUCCGUUGCGUGUUGGACAAGUUAAAGAAGAAAAAUAUGAAGAUGAAGAUUGGUGUUUGGUGGAAGUUGAAUGCUGUUCAUGA